ACACAUGGGAUCAGGAGGAAGCCAUUCCCUAAGAUUGCCAGCCUAUCCAUCAAUCGUGCAACGUGAGGGACGUUCAUUGCAACGAGAUCAUUGACGAGGAAGAAGAACGUUAAUCUAGGGCUUUCUCUGAAUUCGGCCAAUCAAAAUCGAAUGCGUUGUUCUCGUCUGUGUAGUAGCAGUGCGUGAAGCGUUGGUUGCUCCUGCGCAGCUAGAUAGGUAGGAUACAGUCCAUCUGCCUCUCCGUCCGCUUUCAGUGCUGCCGCCUGCCAUAUUAAUUACCAUUCAGAGCUGCACCUCUGAACAUCACCAAACUCGAAGAUGGCGGCCCGGACGAUGCAAGCGGCACGAUGCCCGACAGAUGACCUGUCGUUGACAAACUGUGCUGUGGUGAGCGAGAAGGAUCUGCAAUCUGGACAACAUGUGACUGUGAAGACUACACCAACUCACAAGUUUGUGUUCACCACAAAAACCCACCACGCCAUAGUCCCUGGCACUAUCGCUUUCAGUCUGCCACAGAGGAAAUGGGCCGGUCUGUCCAUUGGACAGGAGGUGGAAGUGGCCAACUACAACUUUGACAAGUCCCAGCAGUGCAUCGGUGCCAUGACUAUAGAGAUUGACUUCCUCCAGAAGAAGAGCACGGACACCAGCCCCUACGACUCAGACAAGAUGGCCAGCGAGUUCAUUCAGCAGUUCAACAACCAGGGCUUCUCUGUCACCCAGCAGAUGGUGUUUAGUUUCUGCGACAAGCUCUUUGGGCUGGUGAUCAAAGACAUUGAAGCCAUGGACGCCAGCAUCCUCAAGGGAGAGCCAGCAUCAGGCAAGAAGCAGAAGAUUGACAUUGGCCUGCUGGUGGGGAACAGCCAGGUGGUUUUCGAGAAAGCAGAGAGCUCCUCCCUCACGUUAGUUGGCAAAGCCAAGACCAAAGAGCAGCGUCAGUCCAUCAUCAACCCGGACUGGAACUUUGAGCGCAUGGGCAUUGGUGGUCUGGACAAGGAGUUCUCCGACAUCUUCCGCCGAGCCUUCGCCUCUCGUGUCUUCCCUCCUGACAUCGUGGAACAGAUGGGUUGUAAGCACGUGAAGGGAAUCCUUCUCUUCGGGCCUCCUGGUUGUGGAAAGACUCUGAUGGCCAGGCAGAUUGGCAAGAUGCUCAACUCCCGCGAGCCCAAGAUCGUCAACGGCCCUGAGAUCCUCAACAAGUUUGUUGGAGAGUCUGAGGCCAACAUCCGCAAGCUCUUCGCAGAUGCAGAAGAGGAGCAGAAGAGGCUGGGUGCUAACAGUGGUCUGCACAUAAUCAUCUUUGAUGAGCUGGAUGCCAUCUGUAAGCAGAGAGGUACUGGGCAGGGCAGUACAGGAGUCCACGACACGGUGGUCAACCAGCUGCUGUCCAAGAUAGACGGAGUAGAGCAGCUCAACAACAUCUUGGUCAUAGGGAUGACCAACAGGCCUGACCUGAUAGAUGAUGCCCUGAUGAGGCCUGGCAGGUUUGAGGUCAAGAUGGAGAUCGGUCUUCCGGAUGAAAAGGGGCGUGUUCAGAUUCUCAACAUUCACACUAAUAAGAUGCGUGACUUCGGCCUGCUGGCUCCUGAUGUGGACGUGAAGGAGCUGGCUGCCGGAACCAAGAACUACAGUGGUGCUGAACUGGAGGGGCUGGUCAGAGCUGCCCAAUCAACAGCCAUGAACCGCCACAUUAAGGCCACAGCCACAGUGGAGGUGGACACAGAGAGAGCCGAGAAGCUGCAGGUCACCAGAAGCGACUUCAUGGGCUCCCUGAACAACGACAUUAAACCAGCAUUUGGUUCCAACCAGGAGGACUACGCCAGCUACAUCAUGAACGGCAUCAUCAAGUGGGGCGACCCGGUGACCUGUGUGCUGGAUGACGGGGAGCUGCUGGUGCAGCAGACCAAGAACAGCGACCGCACACCGCUGGUGGCCGUGCUACUGGAGGGACCCCCUCACAGUGGAAAGACGGCCCUGGCUGCCCAAAUCUCGGAGAGCUCAGAGUUCCCCUUCAUCAAGAUCUGUUCCCCGGACAAGAUGAUCGGUUUCUCCGAAAACUCCAAGUGCCUGGCUAUCAAGAAGAUCUUCGAGGACGCCUACAAGUCUCAGCUGAGCUGUGUGGUGGUGGACGACAUUGAGCGUCUCCUAGACUACGUCCCCAUUGGACCUCGCUUCUCCAACAUGGUUCUCCAGGCCCUGCUGGUGCUGCUGAAGAAGACUCCUCCGAAAGGCCGUAAGCUGUUGAUCAUCGGAACCACCAGCCGUAAGGAGGUGCUGCGGGAGAUGGAGAUGCUGGACGCCUUCAGUACCACCAUCCACGUCCCCAACAUCUCUACUGGAGAACACCUGGUGGAAGCCCUAGAGCUACUGGGAAGCUUCACGGACGCAGAGCGGGUGACCAUCGGCCAGCACGUCAAGGGGAAGAGGGUCUGGAUUGGCAUCAAGAAGCUCCUGAUGCUCAUCGAAAUGUCCCUGCAGAUGGAUGUGGAGUACAGAGUCACUAAGUUCCUGCAGCUUCUUAGAGACGAGGGGGCUGAACGCACCGACCGCAAUGACCGCAGCUACAAGUUCGACUAGAGCUGAAGGAGCGUCUGACCAAGAGACAAGAGGAGGAGAGGAGGACGCCCUCUGUUUGCCAUCCAUUCUCAUCCAACCAAUCCGAGAGGGAGAAGAAGUCGCCCCGCCCCCUCUCACCCACGCAUGUUUCAGAGGCAACUGGCGUCAUCAUCCAUCCACCCGACACUUAUCGACAUAUCACCUCACAGAAACCUAUUGAAAAUCGUACUGUUCCAAUAUGUUAUCCGUAUGAAACGCAAUAUGGAUUGCAAAAGUGCUGUCUUGUGCAUUGUGCAUAUAUUUAGCCACGUAUGUUUUAGCUUCCUGUAUUUACAGUGCUGUGUAUCUGUCUUGCUAUCUAUAUUUAUGCAGACCAGUAAGAUAUAUCAGUCUUGAAAACAUGAUAUCUGUAUUCUAUAUACACAUAGAUUCAUAUGAAGUGCAAGUCAUCGCAACUAUUUCAAUAUUCCGAUGAUAACAUAGACAGUGUGGUGGAAGUGAGAAGUGUCGUUUCAGGUGUAAAUGUACCCCCCCCCCACCCCUAUAUUAUUUAUUUUCUGUACAUAGUAUAUAUAAGAUACAGUAUAUCAUGACUGAUUUCAAAUCAUUCUAUUGACUAUUAUUGAGUAAUAUAUCAGUAUUGUUGUUGAUCUCACUCCAAACUUGAAGAUUGUGGUGUUGGAUUAUAACUUGGUUGUAGUCUGUCUAAUAUAGUGUGUGUGUGCUCGAGACCAGUGUUAAACAAUUCAACACGUUUUGGAAAUGGUAUAUGGUUAAAAAGAAACUUUUAUUACUUAUCAAAUCAGCUCUGUGUGUGACUGUGAUUUCAAUAUUUUGUGUGUGUAUGAACACGCAUUGCUUCUGUGUAUGCCUGUAAGAGUGAGCGUGUUUGUGUCUGUGCGCAAAGUACAGUAUGUGUGUAAUUUCAUCCAAAUUUGACCAGUCUGUUGUUGCGAUGCGUUUGUUCAUUUAUUGCUUUAUGUGAACAGUGCAUGUUGUCAAAAGCUAUUUUUAUGUUCUGUGAAUUGACCGUGUGUGUCGACAUGCCGAUGUGUUAUUGCAAUAAAAGCACAGAUACACAAGGUUAGAACAACA